AUGUCUGUACGGUCAUCAAUGCUGGAUUCAUAUAGGAGUCAAUUGAAGAAUACUUCUGAAGUCACCAUGUUUAUACUGCUGGGCUUCACAGAUGAUACUGAGUUGCAAGUCUAUCUCUUUUUAUUAUUUCUUGCAAUUUAUAUGUUUACUCUGGUGGGAAAUUUGGGACUGGUUUUAUUAGUUGUGGUAGAUUCCCGACUCCACAACCCCAUGUACUAUUUUCUGAGUGUAUUAUCUUUCUUAGAUGCCUGUUAUUCUUCAGUCGUCACUCCAAAAAUGCUGGUUAAUUUCCUGGCAGAGAAUAAAACCAUUUCAUUCUUUGGAUGUGCAACACAGAUGCUGCUCUUUGUUACUUUGGGGACCACAGAAUGCUUUCUUUUGGCGGCAAUGGCAUAUGAUCGCUAUGUAGCAAUCUACAACCCACUUCGAUAUUUAAUUAGUAUGUCACCCAGAGUCUACGUGACACUCAUUAUUGCUUGUUAUGCCGGGGGUAUUCUGCAUGCUUCUUUUCACACAGUAGCAACUUUUAGCCUCUCCUUCUGUGCAUCCAAUGAAAUUAAGCAUGUCUUUUGUGAUAUUCCACCACUCCUUGCUAUCUCUUGCUCUGACACUCAUAUCAACCAGCUUCUACUUUUCUACCUUGUGGGUUUUGUUGAGAUAUUCACCAUCUUUAUUGUGUUGAUCUCCUAUGGUUUCAUCUUAUUAGCCAUUCUGAGGAUGCGUUCUGCUGAAGGCAGACGAAAAGUUUUUUCCACUUGUGGCUCUCACCUAACUGGAGUGUCAAUUUACCAUGGGACCAUCCUUUUCAUUUAUGUGAGGCCCAGUUCCAGCUAUGCUAUGGACCAUGACAUGAUCGUGUCUGUAUUUUACACCAUUGUGAUUCCCAUGCUGAAUCCCAUUAUCUACAGUUUGAGGAACAAAGACGUAAAAGAAGCAAUGAAAAAAUUGUUUGAGAGACUUUGGUUAAUAAAUAAAAUACAUUUUUAG